AGCCUUUCGGUCACGUGCUAAAAGUUUCCAUCUGCAAAUGGCGGCUAGCAAACAUGAGAACAUCCACAUGGCAGUAAAAUUACCAAUUCCGCUUAAAUGUUCGCAGUAUUUCUUACCAAAACAGUGAUUAAUUGUUAGUUUGCGUUAAAUUUCGAUCAUCUCUUAUCACCUCACAACAUGUCAAACGAAAAUAAGUGCGAAAACAUGGACAACCAACAAGGAGAAAACCCAACGAAUUUACCUUCUACGAAAAACGAAAAUUCCACCACUGUGUGUGAUGCAAAUCUUGAGAAAAACACGGGCGUUGCAAUAAAAAACAUCGAAUCUGAAGCAUUGGAUCGCCUUUUAGCCUAUGACAGCGAUUCGAGUUCCUCUUCGGAGAUGAUGAGGCUUAAUCUCAACUGGCGGGCACAGGAUGGGUCAGAGGAGUCGUCAAGUUCCUCAUCUUCGUCGUCAGAAGAUGAGGAGGAUAGCGAAACGGGAGGGGACCGGGAAGAUGACCCACAACCCACUCAAACAACUCCUCAAAAUAGAGGAGCUAUUAAGAAAAGCCAACCUAAAGUGAAUGAUGAACUAGGGAUUGAACAUUUGCCCCCAGUUCCAGACUUGUCAACGCUUCAGAUUAACGUAGAAAAUGAAAGCUUUGUUCAUAUGGGCAAUGUUUUUGGAAUUGUGGAUAAAUUAGUGACUAUCGCGGCCCUUCCCAACACCCCAGCGUACGAUUUGGACACCCUCCUCUUCCUCGACAACGGCAAGCGGCCUUUAGGUUUUGUUUUUGAUGUUUUGGGUCAAGUCACUUCGCCCAUCUACGCCAUUCGAUUCAAUUCAGUUGAAGAUAUAAAAAAUUUACAAAUUGAAAUUGGAACAAAAGUCUAUUCCGCACCUACAAGUAAACACACACAGUAUGUUUUCUUGCAACAACUGCUCAAAAUGAGAGGGAGUGACGCCUCCUGGAUGGACGAUACGGAAGUCCCCCCCGAGUUCGCCGAUUAUUCCGACGACGAAAACGAGUGUUACCAUCGGUUUGGUAAUAAGAAGUUGAGUCCCCACCUCAAACGCACCCACAGUAGCGACAAUUACAAGAAAUUCGAGACGACGAUGAAUCGAAAAAACAUCCUCAAUACGAAAUUCAACAAAUACAUGGAUUCGUAUAAACAGGCGCGUGUGCAUAAAGCAAAAUCGAAACGUCCGCAAGCGCCCAACAUCCACACAGCGGUGCCCAUUUUCGACCCAUCGGUGCCCCCACCCAACCUGGGCCACUACCACCAGCCCGUCGCCCAAUAUGUCGGGCUCGAAAACAACAACAUGGGUGCUAGUCUGGGAUACACUCCAAAUUUUUUCAUGAAUAAUUUCGUCAGCAACUCUCCUAGUUAUUUCGCAAAUCAUCCGGGGCCGUCGCACCAAUAGGAAUUUCAACUUUCUUAAGUUUCAUGCCAUGUAAAAGACUGUUGUUGUUUUUACCAUAAUAAUAUUUCCGAAUGUUCAGUUGAUUUGUGUUUCGCAUCGGUGAAACUUGUUUCUAUUAUUUCUAAUAAACGUUUCAAAGUU